AUGUCCAACUACCACUUUCCGUUGUAUGAUAGAUCUUGUUCGGUGUUUCAAAGACGUUUUAAACAGGUAUAUUUUCAACUCAAUCCGUUUCUAGAGAGAACCAGUCUAAAAGAUGAAGAUGCCGAGAUUUAUCAACCCAAUAAAUUCUGGGAAUAUUUAUAUUCUGAUAGUUGGAGUGAUGAUUGUUCAUUACGAGUAUUAGAAGGUGAAUUAUUAGAACUAUUGAUGAUGUUAUUAUGUAUAAUGGAGAAAGAAGAAGAAGUUAAUAGUUAUUUAACAUUUGCCUACGCUAAAAAUAAAAGACGAGUUCAUAAAUGUUACACAGAUGUCACAGACAAAAAAGAAGAAUUCACAACAGAGACGAGAGCUUCCUUUGGAGCUUUUUAUAAAUAUUUAGUAGAAGAAAAUAAAUUCGAUCCAAGAUUCAAAAAGGCCAACCAGAGAAAGAAGAAAAUGGCGGAAAAAAUCAAAUUAAAGAAGGAUUCAAAAUUGUCAGACAAGGGAUUAAAAACUAACAAAAGCAUGUUCGACACACAUAAACUCAACAAGAAAUACAGCAUUGAAAAGAUACGUGCAAUAAAGUUAAAGAAGGAAAAAAAGCCCCCGGUGCUUAAUAUUUUACGGAAAUUCUGCCGAGUUAACCGUAUGAUGAAUAGUUUGGCGCCAAAAGCUGUACCCAGGAAAUCGAUAGUAGAUGCAAACAAAGCCAAACAGUCUGCCAAAGCGUUUGGAAUGUUCCGACGUCUGAACAAAAAAGCUACUGCAGAAGUCAAACCUGCAGUAGAAGUAGGAAAGCUGAAGACUUUUAAUUUCUUAAAAUUAAAAGAUCACGUAUCAAAAAUUCCAGAUGUAGAUUUACCAAAUUUUGAGAGUACUUCCAUAGAGGAUUGUAAAAAGAACCUUCUGCGAGCUCUUGGCGAUUUUGUAAUCCGUAAAGAGAAGAUUACAUCUAGUUAUACUUAUGAAACGUUAACCACCAUUACCUUCACCAGACCUUCUACUUACAUAAGAAUGCAUCAAAUACCUAAAAAUUCAUGA